AUGAACAUCCUACUGGUCCUGGUCGUCCUGCAGUUACUGGCUGUACCAUCAUUCUCUCUAACGGCGCCCAGCAAUGACUACUGGGGGGAAUACGGAACCUAUGGGCCAUGCAGCCGCCCCUGUGGCACUGGAGUAGCCAUGAGGACCAGGCAAUGUAUCACUGCAAGGACAGACGGAGGAAACAACUGCGUGGGAUCUUCAAAAUCUUACCGCACCUGUAAUACCCAGGCAUGUCCAGUGGGUUCCAGGGAUAUCCGUGAGGAGCAGUGUGCCCAGUUUAAUAGGAUGGACUUCCAGAGCAAACGCUAUGCCUGGCUGCCUUACCAUGGAGCGUCUAACCCAUGUGAGCUGAACUGCGUCCCCCGUGGAGAGAACUUCUUCUACAGACACAGGCCUGCCGUGGUGGACGGGACACCCUGCUAUGUGGGCCGCAGUGACAUCUGUAUCGCAGGCAUCUGCAGGGCGGUGAUCAACGGAGAGAUCCUCGGCAUGGACCGUGACGUGGUGCCGGCCCCUCCCGCUCCCGCCGCCAACUUGCGCCACCGCGAGUCCCUCACGUAUGCCUACACAUACAGCGCCUGGUCCGAGUGCUCAGCCCCCUGCAACGGAGGCACACAGCACCGCAGUGUACAGUGCAUGGUCCAGGACUCGACGGCGCCCCACGUGGUGGAUGACUCUUACUGCGUCUCCCAGGGACUACCCAGGCCGGCCAGCCAGCAGGCCUGCAACCAGCAGCAGUGUGCCGAGUACAGUGUGUCCAGUUACAGUGUGUGCUCAGUGAGCUGUGGUGAUGGCCAGCAGACCAGGGAGGUGUUCUGUGUGGGGGCGGGAGGAGAGCGCCUUGGGGAGCAGGCCUGCAGUGGUCUGGCACGCCCACCCACAGUCCAGGCCUGCCGCAAACUAGCCUGCCAUACCCACAUCAGCUGGCACGUCAAUGACUUCGGACUGUGCUCUAAGAAGUGUGGUGGAGGGGUGCGUGAGAGAAGGGUGGUGUGUAUGGACAUAGAACAGAACCCACAUGGGGAGGAAAGAUGUUCCCCCCACCCCAGACCCCCCACUGUGGAGCACUGUAACACCCAGGCCUGCCAUGAAGCCCAGACCACUAACACAGUGUACGACCCUUACUCCACCACCGUGGUUGGUCCCCACUGUGCCCAGUCAUACUAUGGCUGCUGCCCGGAUGGCCACACAUCCGCUGGUGGGCAUAGAGGAGAGGGCUGUCCCACAGAUGACUGUGAACGCACCCGGUACGGCUGCUGUCUGGAUGGGGUGACUCCUGCUCAGGGUCAUGGAAGGGCAGGAUGUGCUGAUUACCACCCACCUUCCGGCCAUAUGUGCUCCCUGUCACGUGACGAUGGACCCUGUGCCAACUGGUCAUCCCGCUUCUACUACAACUCAGCCACUGGCAGCUGCACCCAGUUCUGGUACGGUGGUUGCCAUGGCAACGCCAACAACUUUGUGUCCAGGGACGUUUGCCAGAGGGAGUGUGGCGGCGCCGUCGUGACACCACGACAGGCAUCCCCACCCGCACGGCCUGGCAUGAGAGUAAGGGUGGGUGCGAGGGCGAGGGCAUACCGCGCCCGGUCUUAA